CUCGCGUCUACCUCCCCCACCCUCUUCCCAGAGACCUCGGAGGUGGCGGAGGAACGGGAAGGGAGGAGGGUAGACUCGGAGGAGGCCUGGGAGCCGGAGCUCGGGGGCUGCGGAAUACAGCUCGGAAGGGGCAUCACGUCCCCACCCCCUCCGGGGACCGCGGACCGGGAGCGGCGAGGCUGCGGCGCGGGCGGAACCGCGGGACAGCAGCGCCUCCUGCAGGUGCCGGGCGCCUCCGCAGCCACAGCGCCGCGCUGGCUCUUAAGGUGGAACCUGCCGGGUUCCCACCAGCGCGUUCGGUUCUUCCGCAACUCAGAUUCCACCGCUGCAAGUCUCCUUCGCAAAGCGGGCCCGACCGUCCAGAACUGUUGGAGUCUGCGGGACCUGCUGCUAGUUCCUUGAUCCCUUGGCCCCGCUACCUGCAGGACUUCGUCCGCGGAUGCCCCGGUAUCGAUUGCGACAAACACAACUGAUAAUUCCCUGCUGGUAUGAAAAGGUAUCAAAGGAUGUGUAAGUCACGCGUCAGGCCGGAAAGACCAGAAAGGCGUUUCUUUAACCUGAAAGCAAACUUUUAUUUUAAUAAGUUAAAGGCAGGAGACCAGAGGGAAAGGGUCGCCGACGGCUCACCUAUCUAUGGGUGUUUGGGAUGCAAGUGCUCAGGACGAAACUGGCUGUCCGGGAAAUCUCAUUCGGCGCCUACAGCCCCGCAAACUCGUGGGCAGGUGCGGGUGCAAGAGGCGGGGAAGGAAUGGCUGGCCCGCAGGGAACCCCUCCUUGCGCAUCUCUGGCGGCCGGGGCUUCAGCCCACUCUCGCUGGGAUGCUUUGUUUAUUUGGUUAAAGCAGGGAACGUGGAGAGGAUGAAAGGGCAGUUUUCCUUUCUUUCCUUUUCAACUAAAUAUGCGUACGAACUCAUCGUUUCUUGGAUAUGUGGCCUCUGCGAACUCGAGAUUCUUGGGGAAAACCUAAGAUCCCUGAGCCGGACACGAACAAGGCAACUCUGGUCCCGGUGCCAUCUGCAGUCAAUUCCUGUCCUUUGCUCUUUCUUGCUCCGCGUCCUGGAGCGGGGAUCCCCCCUCCCCGGGGGCUGCCCCCACGAAUCCCUCACACCCAGGACCUGGAACCGCGGAGGAGAGCUCAGGCAGGCCACGGCGCGGGGGAGAGGAGGCGGGCUGCAGCCCCCGCGUGAAGUUUACUGGCAUAAUGGGAGCCUCCCUUCCCGGGGGACACAGCCUUGGCUCCACCCUGCCGGGCCCCGCCUCUGGGAAGCCGAGGCCAGGGGCCUGGCCGCCGCUGGGGAAGCUCUCCCCGGCAGGUGCCGCAGGGUCACACCCGCCCCGGGGGUUUCAAACCGCAAGUGAAAGUCGAGAGGGGCUGGAGUUUUUCCUCUAAUCCGUUUUACACUGUGAAAACCGCAAAGCUGUCGCCUAGGCGGCCGCUUUUAAUUGGGAGGCAAACAGACGACAAACCAAAACAAACGUGCGAGCUGACUUUCUUUCGCGAUGUGUUUCCUUCUCAACAAAAAGCCCGCUCUCUAAAGGGAAACCGAUCCGUGCUCACGUUUGCUCGCUUCGGAGCCUGGGCGGGGGCGCGCAGGCGGCGGCGGCGCCCUAGCGCUUGGGACAGCCUGACUAUGCCCCUCUCCCCAAGCCGUUCCCCGGGCUUCUCCAACCCUGUCCCGCCGCCUCUCCAUGGGUCCUGCGGAGGCCACACGCUCCAUGCAAGCCCCAUCCGGCGCUUUCUGGCUGGGGCUGAAGGGCAGUUGUGGGCACUUGGGUGUUGGGGGGCUCCGAGCGCGUUCAAUUGGCCCCAGAUCCAGGUUCCUCCGAAGCCCGGGCGGGAAGAGUAAGAGUAGGGGUUGGGCCACCAAUAGGGGCUCGGAGACCUCUGAGCCCACCAGAGGAAGCACUUGCAGACGCGCUUCGAGUCUCCCAGCUUUUCUCUUGGGGGUGGGGGGAAGAGGAGGGAAGCAGAUGUUGGUAGAGACACUCACUGCGUGGCGCCAGAGAAACUCUUAACUUACUGCGUGCCUUGUGUAGGGUGCUCAGCCCCUCGUGAGGAAUCCCCUCCACCAAAGAAUCGAGGAGAGCUGAGGGUGCAAGUAUGUGGUGGGGACCGCCCGGGUCAGGUGGGCGAGUCCCAGGAUAGCGGGUGUCCCCUUCCCACGUUGAUGUGUUAAGAGGCCUACGUGGAAAAUCGUUUUUAGACAAACUUGUGGUCGUGGAGGCAAAAAGAGGGAUGGAAGUCAAAAGAAAGAACGAGACAACCUUUAUUUGGAAAAAAAAAAAAAAGGAAAAAACGGAGUGGUCGAAUUGUGGAGAGGGAAGGAGGGAAGGAAAGAUGGAGAAGGCUUUCCUUCUUUGUUCUUUAAAAGCCACAGCACUUUCUUUCUAAAUCAAAAUACAGAGAGGUAGUCCUUGGAGCAUGUUUAUGUAAUUGAGAGAUAACUGUUCUCUUGUAAAGCAUUUGCUGAGUUGAGCAAAGUUUUUAGAAGGUCCUUUCUCACCCAGCCCCUGUUUGAAGCUUAACUCAUUUUUAUUUAAAGUAGAUUUGAAAUAAAAAUUUCAGGAGAGAAAAAUGUAUGUAUGCACCUGUACAUAUAUGCACAUGCAACAGAGUUUGUAUUCCCUGUAGUCUAUCUCUAAGACAGGAGAUUCUAUAGUGAGUUAUAUAUGAUGGCUGCUUUUUUCUAGUAUUGUAUUGUCACCAUAGAGAAAAGUUCUGACUUAUCUUUUUCUCCACUCUCCAUUAAUCUCCUAAGAGAGAUAACUCUCAUUAUACGAUUGUGCCCCCCCCCACCCCUUUUUGGCUUUCUUUCUUUCCCACACAGAACACACACACAGAAUAUACAUCAUGUUCAGACCUUCCCCUAAUCAUCUGGUAAUGUAUGAUCUAUAAAUCCAUGCCCAUGUUUUAAGUUUCUCUUGAAGCUGGGAACACUGUUCAGGACCUACUUUUGUUCUGCACUGUGUGUGUGCUUCAUCAGGGAUCUUUGGUAAACCAGUAAAAUGAUUACUUUUGCUUUGAAUUUAUUUCUUUGUGAUUAAAUGGAAAAUAGCAUUAAUGAACUGUUUAAACAGUAUUUUUAUAUCAAUAUUAACAAAUAAUAGAAACACACCAUAAUUGUUCCGAAUGUUCAGCAUGAUGGCUUCCCAUUUGCAGUCAUAUUUUGGCAAAACUAUUUCACAUUAAUUGAAAACGACUAAAACAGUGCAUGCAUUCCAUAUAGAGAGGCUUAUUCACUGAGCUUUACCUCCAACAAUUUAAAGUAUCUGGUUCAAAUUACUUAAGUAAUUCCUACUGAAGGAAAGGUUGGAAUAAUUUGUUUUUGGUCUUUUCGUGAAGGUUUAAUUAAAUCUGAUUUUUGUGAAAAAUAAAAGUAAAACAAUACAAUAA